UAAAGGUUUUUCAGGGUAUCGAUAUCGUGAGCCUGCAUCAGGGCUACACGGUUUUGAAUAUAUUUUUCGAUUAACUUUGAUGCGAUAGCUGUGAGAUAAGGAAACUGAAUCGUCGUGUGUGAAAUGAAAAUGAAGCAGGAAAUUUGCUGAAGAACCGAACGAAAUGAGCGCGGAAAACAACAUUCUCUGAAUCGUUCAAUAUCGCACGGAGUACAACCUAACCUAUAAAACGGUUUCUUGAAUUUGCGGUUCACAUUUUUAGGAGAAUCCACGAAACAGUUGGGAACAGUCACAUUGUUUAUGCAGUAUCCACCUUAGAAGAAGACUAACAAUGUACGUGGUGCAAUUAUCUGGUUUGUUAUCGAAGCAGUUCAAUACAAAUUACGUUCGAAACGGAACCAGGUUAGCUUCCACUUUUGGGCGGCACGAAAAUUAUGGAAGAUUUCGCGAAUACCGGAAAAGGAUAGCCGUUUGGUUAAAACAACAAAGUGGCCAAGUAGCCGAAGCUUGUGCCAGACAGUUCGAAUUUAUCGCGGCACAGCGUGUCAGAAGAAGCAUGCAAAUAUUUCAUCUGUACACGCGAAUGUGGGACGAGGCAGCGCUCAAAGAGUUUAUGAAAUCAUGGAGAAAUCGUACGUUGAGAAAUACCAGGCAUUUUUUAAUGAGUAGUAUCGGAGUAACGAUGUACAAUUGGGAUCGCGAACGAAUCAGCGAAGAAGAGUUAAAUAGUUUCCACGCUCUAACUGGUUUUGUUGUCAGUUACAAGCAGGAAAUCGAAGGGAUUCACAGAUUAAGGGACUCGACGGUGAUUUGCGCGAUAUGCCAUCAAAGGAUCGUCAUUGAUGUCCGACAACCUGGUAUAAAAUAUUGUACAUGCUACGGCAAUAAGUUUAGCGCCACAGCCAACGAAGGCCCACAAGGAUGGAGACCGUAUAUAGAACGAGAAGACAUGCUCAUCUGGAGGAGGGAAGAGCCAAAUUUUGGAGGAUUGUUCGCGUACAAGGUGUACGGUUCGUUCGACGACGUUACCGCGGAAGAUUUUUUACAAACCCAAAUAGACGUCGAUUAUAGAAUGAAUUGGGAUUCAAGCGCUCGUGAACUACAGAUAAUCGAUACAGAUCCGAAAUCGCAAACGUCCUCCGAAGACAGUACCGACGUGAUCUAUUGGGAGACGAUAUGGCCUAAAUUGUUUGCAAACAGGGAUUACGUGUAUCAACGACGGUGGGUGGUGGAUAAGGAGAAACGGUUGAUCAUAAUCAUCAAUAAAGUAACCGAACAUCCUAACGCGCCUACGAAACCGGGUGUAUACAGAGUGACAACGUAUUGGUCGUACAUGGUGAUAAGGCCAUACACAGAAUUUCACCAGCCUGGCAUUGAAUUUGGAUUAACUUAUUUCGAUGAUCCAGGUGUAAAUAUUCCAUCAGCGGUUACCUCGUGGGUCGCAAUGUCAGGACUGCCAAACUUUUUAAUUCGCAUGAGACACGCGGCAAAGAAUUAUCAGAGUUACAAACGCACGAAAGAAAUUGCUGAUCCGUCCACUACCAAUUACGCCUCUUUCCAAGACGAGGAUGCGUCCGGGUACGAGGUCAUACCUAAUAAUAACGAUACAGAAACUUUGGAAAAGAGCGAAGCAUCGAACGAGGAGGUAGCGGAGGAAAGCAAUUUCGAUACAAGAAGCGAAACGUUGACGUUUACGGGCGACCAACGGGAUGAAAAUGAUAGACCAAGCAACGAAAGAACAGACAGCACAACUAAUUUGCCCGAUGAACGCAGAGGUUUACUACGUUAUUUGCAGUAUAUUUGAAAUAACGAAAUUGGUGUUGACUGAUAAAAAGAUUUUUAACGUGACUUUGUGCAGGAAGUACGGUAACGUAACGAUCGCAAUGUAAAGAUAAAGAGAAUAUUUCUAAAUAAGAGGACAUACCGGAGAUAACGUUGAAUCGAAUGCAGUUGGGACGAUGAAUCGUGAAAAAGUACUGUAUCGUUUCUUGCUCCGUGCACUGCCUUCUGCAUAAUAUAACAAACACGAGACUGACUUAUUUUUAUAAUCCAUCUUUCCUAUGUUGUUUAUUCUCGAAUGAAGGGUGAGACACGAAAAAAAAAGAAUCCAGAGACGUUCCGAGCUGGAGAAAAUUGUAAGGUAAUUCGUAUUUACGCAACGCGAUGUUCUCGUAUACGUCAGUACAUCGUAACGAUCGAAAUGUUUCAUUACAUCUGUGUACAUGCAAUUGUAGUAUAAAUAUAAGUAGAUGUAAAAAAAACAUGAAAAUAAUUGGUUUUCUACUU